GCAAGCUGACCCCUGAGAGUAACGUCGGGCCAAAUCUUAAGCUUCCUGACUGCUCCACUCACCGAUAAAGCUCUUAGCACCACUCCGUACGGUUGCUAUCUUGCAUCUGGUGACAGACUGAUGAUCCUGUAGGGGGCCCAGGGGGAAGGUGUCGCGUUGGCAGCAAUGUUCGAACGGGGCGCCCGGCCGGUGACCGGAGCUCGGGGGAGUUUGCUGGCUAAAGACGGCAUCUUGCUGAUUGCUCGAGGAUGUGCUUUCGCGCAGGUGAGGAGUGAGGCUGGAUAACAAUCCGAGCGUCUUCAUCAGCUUACAACAAAUUGCCAACCGAAUUUCACCAACCUAUGCCAAAUUAUUGCCACCAUGCCUGAGCCGCCGUAUCCCCUGCACCCCUCGGUUGUCGACCGCAUCAACCCCGAGUACAAGGACUUUUACAACAAGUUCGUUUUUGACAAGCAAGUCGUGCACCACCAGCCCAUCUCCGCAUCUCGUGCAAGCGGCACUCUAAUCCCAGGCGCCGGCCCUAAGCUCGAGAUCGCCAACUCAGAGGAUUUCACCAUUCCGAGGAAAGAAACGAGCGGACCCGAUAUCCUCCUCCGAGCCUUCACCCCCUUGGGAGAUAGGCCGGCCAAGGGAUGGCCUCUGUGUUUUUGGUUCCACGGCGGCGGUUGGGUCUUGGGCAACAUUGACACGGAGAACGUGAUUGCCACGCAUCUCUGCAACCGGGCACAAUGCGUCGUCAUUUGCGUAGACUAUAGACUGGCACCAGAGAAUCCCUUCCCUGCAGCCGUUGACGACUGCUGGGAAUCCGUCCUCUGGGCCAUCUCCGCGACCGGCACAGAAAAGCUCAACCUCGACACCUCACGCAUCGCGAUCGGAGGUUCAUCCGCAGGCGCAAACCUCACAGCCAUCAUCUGCCAGCGCGCAACGAAGCGCCCAGACUUCCCAACCGUGGCAACACAGCUGCUCUCCGUGCCCGUCGCAGACAACACCGCCACGACAGACUCAACGAAGCCGGAGCAUGCUUCGUGGAAGGAGAACGAGUUCACGCCCGCGCUGCCGGCGGAGAAAAUGAUGUGGUAUCGUUACCAUUACCUUCCUGACAAGGAGACCUGGACGCACCCUGAGGCGAGCCCGCUGCUGUGGGAAGGGGAGUGGUCCAAGUUGCCUCCUGCUGUGGUGGUCGUUGGCGAACUUGAUGUUUUGCGAAGUGAGGGAGAGGCUAUUGGCAAGAAACUUCAGGAUGCGGGUGUGAAGACGGAUGUGCAUAUUAUGAAGGGGCAGCCACAUCCUUUCAUUGCGAUGGAUGAGGCGUUGGAAGAUGGCAGGAGGGCGAUCACUUACUUUUGCGACAAGUUGAUAGAGCUUUUGUGAGACAGCGAAGACAUCGUGUCAAUUGGACUCACCAAAAAUCGAUGGAGUCGUUUCAACUUGAUUCCUGUUGAAAGCUGAAUCAAAUGAUUUGAAGUUCAAUUUUGGUGAGUGGAUAUUACGCGUGCGGAUAGUGCCCAGGCCACCAGCGUCCAAGCCGAGAGUUGGACUUUUAAUCGUUAUCAAAAGCU